ACCGAGGCUGAGGAGGUUUCACUGCGUGGGCGCUGUUGUUAUUUUUGCGAGUUUAAAAACCUAAAAUCCUCAGCCCCCACCCACCCCAAUCCCUCUUCCUAAUUGGGGUGUUGGAAUUAACAGCAAUAGGGCACAAAAGUCAACAUUUUUCAUACUUGCCCUUUCAUCAAUGUUUCUUUUUCAUCCCCCCCUCCCAAACCUUAUAAGCUAGCAGUUUCUCGUCUCUCUCAGAGCGAAUCUCCGAGCAGCUUCAAUCUUGAAGAGAUUGAUUGAUGGCGGGUGAAUUUGUUCAGGAAGACUCCCAUUCUGUGGGGUUCUUUUUGUGAUACCGAUUGAUCGAGUAUCUGAGCUUUCGGGGUUUAAGUAGAAUUUAGUUGGGGAUCAUUAUUCUCCUUUGGGAUUUAAGGUCUAUGCAAAUUCUUAGGAGUGAAAUAAGAAUCUUGAUUAGGGUUCAUAUCUUUUCUUGGUAGUCUUGAUUCUUUUAUCACUUUCCCCCGUUUUUUUAUUUUGUAAAGUUUGCUUCUUGAUACUGGGUUUGUAAGUGUUGUUGCGUUUGUAGCUAGCUACCUUGAUUUUCAAUGUCUAACCCAACACAACCUAAUGUUGGGUUCACCCCUUCAAACCCGGACAGAGAGAGUCCAAUUCCGCCUCCUCCAAGUUUUGCAGCGGCACCUAAAUUUCCUCCACCAAAAUUACAUUUUCAGCAAGAUCAAGGUUCUUCCCAUUCCAUUAAAACCUCACCAGCCAAUGGGGUUACAACUGGCAGUCCUGUUCCUCACUUGAGCACCCCUCCUGGACCACCUGUUUUUACAUCACCUGUACGUCCAGCUGCUGUUCCUUUUCGCACAUCGCCUGCAUCGCCUCAGCCACUUGCUUUCUCUUCAGCCCCUUCUUUUCCAGCUUCAUCGCCGCCACAAUUUUCGAACGGAUCAUUUGAGUUGCAGCACCAAGGUUCUGAUAGUAUAGAGGACCAUGUUCCUGUCGGGGAGUCAUCCUUUGUUCUUUUCUCGGCUCAUAAGGUAUUGAAACAGAAGAAACAAUCUAAUGUACCGAGUUUGGGUUUUGGGGCAUUGGUCUCUCCUGGGAGGGAGGUCUCAACAGGCCCUCAGGUAAUACAGCGUGAUCCCCAUCGCUGCCAAAGCUGCGGAGCUUAUGCAAACAUAUAUUGCAACAUAUUGCUUGGAUCAGGCCAGUGGCAAUGUGUUAUAUGCCGGAAACUGAAUGGAAGUGAUGGCGAGUACAUUGGGCAUAGCAAGGAAGAUCUUCACAGAUUUCCUGAACUAUCUUCACCCAUGGUUGACUUUGUUCAAACUGGGAACAAGAGACCUGGUUUUGUUCCAGUUUCAGAUUCCAGAAUGUCUGCCCCAAUUGUUCUUGUUAUAGAUGAAUGUUUAGACGAACCUCACUUACACCAUCUACAGAGUUCUUUGCAUGCUUUUGUUGAUUCUCUCCCUCCAACAACAAGAUUAGGAAUUGUACUAUACAGCCGUAGUGUAUCAGUAUAUGAUCUUUCAGAAGAGUCAAUUGCAUCUGCUGAUGUGCUUCCCGGGGACAAAUCACCAAGUCAAGAAUCGUUGAAAGCAUUGAUUUAUGGUUCUGGCAUAUACUUGUCACCAAUGCAUAUUUCACUGCCUGUAGCACAUUCCAUAUUUUCAUCAUUGAGGGCAUACAAGUUGAACACACCAGAAGCUUCCAGAGAUCGGUGCCUAGGAACUGCUGUUGAAGUUGCUCUUGCUAUUAUUCAGGGCCCAUCUGCUGAUCUGUCCCGAGGGGUAGUCAAAAGGUCAGGUGGCAGUAGUAGAAUUAUUGUUUGUGCUGGUGGACCGAACACUUAUGGGCCAGGAUCUGUUCCUCAUUCUUUUAAUCACCCUAAUUAUCCUUAUAUGGAAAAGACAGCAUUAAAAUUUAUGGAGAAUCUAGGUCAUAAGGCUCUUCGACACAAUACUGUGGUUGAUAUUUUAUGUGCUGGAACAUGCCCUGUAAGAGUUCCUAUCUUGCAUCCUCUUGCAAAAGCAUCAGGUGGAGUUUUGGUUCUCCAUGAUGAUUUUGGGGAAGCCUUUGGUGUAAAUUUGCAAAGGGCAUCUGCCAGAUCAGCAGGCUCUCAUGGUUUGUUAGAGUUGCGCACAUCAGAUGAUAUCCUCAUUACUCAAGUUGUGGGUCCUGGGGAAGAGUCACAUGUAGACACCCAUGAAACGUUUAAAAAUGACACUGCUCUUUAUGUUCAAAUGCUGAGUGUUGAAGAAACACAGAGUUUCUCUCUCUCCAUGGAAACUAAAGGAGAUAUCAAAAGUGAUUUUGUCUUUUUCCAGUUUGCAAUUCAGUAUUCAAAUUUGUAUCAAGCUGAUGUGUCGAGGGUCAUUACUGUUAGACUGCCAACAGUAGAUAGUAUUUCAGGAUAUCUUGAGAGUGUUCAGGAUGAAGUAGCUGCUGUCCUCAUUGCAAAGAGAACUCUGUUAAGAGCCAAAAACCAUUCUGAUGCAAUUGAUAUGCGAGCAACAAUAGAUGAAAGAAUCAAGGAUAUUGCUCUAAAAUUUGGCUCCCUAUUACCCAAAUCAAAACUUCAUUGCUUCCCAAAAGAGCUUUCUCUCUUACCGGAGCUCCUUUUCCAUCUCAGGAGAGGACCACUAUUGGGAAGCAUUAUUGGCCAUGAAGAUGAGAGGUCUGUGCUGAGGAACCUAUUUCUGAAUGCAUCCUUUGACCUAUCACUCAGAAUGGUGGCUCCCCGUUGUCUAAUGCACAGGGAGGGGGGAACUUUUGAGGAGCUACCAGCUUAUGAUCUUGCUAUGCAGUCUGAGGCUGCUGUUGUACUUGACCAUGGCACUGAUGUCUUCAUUUGGUUGGGUGCUGAACUCGCAGCUGAUGAAGUACGAAGUGCUGCUGCUUUAGCUGCAUGCAGGACAUUGGCUGAAGAGCUGACUGAAUUCCGUUUUCCAGCACCUCGUAUCCUUGCAUUUAAGGAGGGUAGCUCCCAGGCUCGAUAUUUUGUUUCUCGUCUCAUACCAGCUCACAAGGAUCCUCCUUAUGAGCAGGAAGCAAGAUUCCCGCAACUCAGGUCAUUGACAUCAGAACAGAGGAUAAAGCUGAAAAGCAGUUUUGUUCACUUCGAUGAUCCCAGUUUCUGUGAGUGGAUGAGAAGUUUGAAAGUGAUGCCACCACAACCAAGCUGAUGAUGAUUAGAGUCUGCUUUUUAGGUGCUUUGGUGGGUUGAUUUAUGAGGAGACCUAAAGGGUCGUUGCAUCUUCCAACUUGUUGCUUAUUCUUUAUUAAGUUGCUGAAGCGAAGUUUGUUUACAUGCAUAUGUCCUCAAAACUCUCGCUUCAAUGCCUCCUUCCCUUUCAUUUUGUUCACUUCCGAGAAACGUCUACAAAAUUGCUAGUUACAAUUGAAAAAAAAAAAAUGAGUGUUUUUUUCUUUUUUGGGGUUGAGGGGUGGAGAGUGACUGUUACAAAGAAAUUUUCACAAUUUACAUGACGUCAGUUAAGAUGUUAUCAUAGAGCAAUAAAGUAUCUCUCUUAAUUUAUA